AUGACAGACAACGAUCUAGCCAAGGACCAUCUGCGCCACCUCGUGGGGGGGCGCUCCUCCCUCCCCAACGAGAUUCUCUUCCGCUUCGUCUUCCCGGAGCGGCCCGGCGCGCUCGUCAAGUUCCUGGACCAGAUCAGCCCGCGAUGGAACAUCACUCUGUUCCACUACCGCCGCACCGGGGAGAUGAUCGCGCACGUGCUGGUGGGGCUGCAGGUGAUGCCUCACGAGGAGGCGGAGUUCAGAGCGGUGGCGGACGCGCUUGGGUACGAGUACAGUGAUGAGAGGAACAACAAGGCACUGCGCAUAUUCAUGCAAUAG